AUGAACGUGGACAGCAACUGCAACGAUGAAACGAGUGACAAGCCAUUUCCAGCAUUAGAAAUUCAUCGUCGUCUACAUGGCUUAGGAAAUAUCGAUGAUAGUAGGAUCCAUUUUCAAUACACGCUAUAUCCUCUACUCAACGAUUGUUUAGAUAUGGAAACAGAAACAGAUAGCAGAAAUCACAACGAACUUGGACAACAAAUGAAUGAACGUAACAUUACAUUAAUUGCUCUCGAGAAAAUAUUACCGAACAUUUGUACUAGCAACGGCCUUCCUAUGUGUCGAUCAAGUGCAUUGGAAGUUUCUGCUUCCAAUUGGCUGGGAGUUGAAGAUUCGCAAGUCCUGUCUUCCAGCGAGCCGAUGACCGCAUAA